AUGUCUCUCCCCUCGCCCGGCUCCACCUCUUCCAUCCUGCGGCAUCUGCUGCAUCUGCGUCCCUCGCCGCGCGGGCAGCAGGGCGGGCGCUUCUCGGCCGCAGGGCCCACGCAUGCGCGCUCGCGCGACAAGUGGGUGCCGCAAAAGGACAGAGUCCCCUUUGCCAACAUCGUCGUCGGCGACUGGGUGCGCCUGCGCAGGGGACGCAAGAUUGACGACGGCAAAGGAGGCGUGUUUAAGGGAGAGGGCAAAGUGGUCAGCGUCGAUCGAGAGAAGAAUCUCGUGUGGCUGAACAACGAGGACAACCCGGCGCUCAACCCCACGGUGGCGGUGAAGCACAUGCUGCCGCGCCUUGCGAACCCGGCCGAAGGCGCCAGCGCCGGCUACGGCCCCAAUGCCGUCCAGGUGGCCAAGCCCGUGCAUCUUUCCAACCUGGCCCUCAUGCUGCCCAAGGACAUGGUGCUGCCCGAAGGCGCGCCCAUCACAAAGGAGGAGAUCAAGAAAGGAGUGGUGGCCAAUCGUCUCUCGCGCUCCGGAGUCAAGUUCAAUCGCAAAGGCCACUUCUACAGCUGGACGCGCUACGCUCUCGUCCGCGCCGCCGACGGCUCCAGCUAUCGCCUUGCCGUGCCCUGGCCUGCGGCCGACUAUCCCACUCGGCGCAAGACGGCCAUGAUGGCCGACUCCACCGUCGUCUCCUCCGAGUCCUGGCUGCCCUGGUCACCUAGGGAUCCCAUCCAUCUCACUCCCUCUCGCACGCGCACCUCUCCCCAUUCCGAGCUGCGCGCCUCUGCCCUCGUUGCUUCUCUGCCUCCUCGCCAGCCUACGCCGCCGCGGCGCGACGGCUACGCGCCCUUCCUGGCCAUGAAGCAGCCGCUGCCUCCGACGGCGCAGGCGCCCACGCCAGCGGAGCACCUCUGGAUGGCCAACGAGGCGCGUGCCAGUUGGGUGUCGGCGCCUGAAGUCGCACAACACAUCACGAACGGCGGCCGCACGUUUGCCACCGACGACUACCUCGCCCUCUGUCCCGCCGACGGGCCCGUCUCGGCCGCCUGGCGCGCGCUGCCGGAGCGCACUCCCGCGGCGGCGGGCGCGCGAGACGAGAAUGGCCGGCGCCUCGGCGCACGCGCGGGCGCCGACGAGGUGGAUGCGUGGCCGCUGGAACUGCUCAUGCAGCGCGAGUUGGCGCCCGAAAAGACGAGGGCGAAACGCGGACGCAUGUGGCAGGUGACGCAGACGCUUAAGAGGGCAGAGAGGGAGAUGGAACAAAGAGAGG